AUGCCUUUCGAUUUGUUCUUCUGGCUUCUCAUUUGUUUCCCUCUCAAUGUUGCCCUUUUGGCCUCCGCUUUCUACCAGGUUUUGAUGUUAUCUGACUUAGAAGCUGAUUAUAUAAACCCUUAUGAUGCUUCGUCUCGGAUCAAUUACUAUGUGGUUCCUGAGUUUAUUGCUCAGGGAUUGUUUUGCGCUCUCUUUCUCUUUACGGGUCACUGGUUCAUGUUUCUUCUUAUGCUUCCACUUGCUUCCUAUCAUGGGACCUUUCAACUGGUAUCAGAGCAACACGAUCUUAGAGUGACUUAUGGUGCACAAGAACAUAAACUCCAUCACAAUGGAGCUGUGACCAGAGGAAGUGGAACGGCGGUUUCAGGAGGUGGAAGCAAGAAUGGAUACGAUAAAGACAGAGAUUCUUGA